AUGUACGGCCUCUACCUGGAAGCGGUGAACGACUACAUCAACGAAUCCUACGGAGAGGAUGUGUGGAGGCUGAUCGAGAACCGAGCAGAGAUACCACACCUCAAAUUUGUUCGACAUCAGAUGUACAAUGAUAACCUCAUCCUGCGGUUGGCAAAGGCAGCAGGAGAAGUUCUGGGGAAGACCCAUGAUGAGCUGAUGUACGCCUUUGGAGUCUAUAUGGUUAAGAGGAUCGGAAACUAUGGAUAUGAACGAAUUCUAAAGGUGUUGGGCAGAAAUGUUCGGGACUUCAUCAACGAGUUGGACAACCUGCACGAGUACUUCCGCUUCUCCUUCCCUAAAGUUCAGCCGCCCAGUUUCUGCGUGGAGGAGGAGUGUGAGACCAGCCUGACCCUGCACUACCGCAGCACCCGCAAAGGCUUCACCCAGUUCGUCAAAGGUCAGCUGUCUCAGGUGGGACGCCAGUUCUACAACACAGACAUCGAAGUGGAAAUCCUGUCCAAAGAGGAAACCGAGAAAAUGACCUAUGUGGUUUAUAAAAUGAACUUUGACAACGCGGCCUUCAAACACCGUAUGCCCCAGCAGAAGACGGCGCCCAGCUAUGAGAAGCUGCCCAUGAAACGGGGCAUCUUCUUCGACAUGUUCCCCUUCAGCGUCAUUUUUCGCAGAGACAUGACCAUGUAUCGCAUCGGAGACGGACUCAAGGAGGUGUUCUCCGACCUGCAGGGCAAGAAGGUCAACGAAGAGUUCACUCUGGUCCGACCAAUGCUGGAGUUCAGCUGGGACAACAUCUACACCCACCUGAAUAAUGUGUUUGAGCUGCUGUCUAAAGCAGUGGUGGAAAGUAAGCAGAAGGUCAACAUCCCCAAACUGAGCAAAGAAGAGCCGGAGGAGAAAGAAGAGAACGAGAAAACCAAGAGGGAAGAAGAAAGAGAGUCCAAGGCAGUAGAGGAGUUGAAGGGCACAGACCAGGAGUACAGCAGCGCUCUGACCCAGUACAACAGCUCUGCCAACUCUGGAGGAGAGGACAUAGAGCUGUUAGCCUUCCAAACAGUCACCGGUAAAUGCAGUGAGACCAUCUUCGAGGACAUGCGGGAACCUCCGAAGAAACCUCUGCACCUGAAGGGUCAGAUGAAAUAUGUGCCCCAGUGGGACUCACUCAUCUUCCUGGGGACGCCCAUUAUCGAGACAGUGGAGGACAUGAUAAAGAUGGGAGUGUACGUCAAUGAUCUGAACCUGCACGACUCCAGCAGAGAGCUGAUUUUAGCAGGAACGCAACAGUCAGCCGAACUGCAACUGGCCCUGGACCAGGAACAACAGAAGUACGCUCAGCUGCAGGAAAUCAUCAAGAAACUGGAUGAAGAGAAGAAGAGAGGAGACUCUCUGCUGUACGCCAUGAUCCCCAAAGCUGUGGCCGACCGCCUCCGCAAAGGCAUCACUGCACUGGAGACAUGUCAGGUGUUCCCAGAUGUGACCAUCCUGUUCAGCGACGUGGUCAAGUUUAAUGAGAUCUGCAUCCACAUCACACCCAUGCAGGUGGUGGACAUGCUGAACGAGAUCUACAUCGUCUUCGAUACACUGAGUGAGAAACACAACGUCUACAAGGUUGAGACCAUUCGUGACGCUUACAUGGUGGUGGCAGGUGUCCCUAACAAAACCACUUUCCAUGCACACCACAUCUGUGACAUGGCCCUGGACAUGCUGAGCUCCAUAGACCACCUCAAAGACCCUUCCACCGGAGACAACAUCCAGAUCCGAGUGGGUAUUCACUCUGGGAUGGUGGUGGCCGGAGUGGUGGGUCUGAAAAUGCCUCGCUACUGUCUGUUCGGAGACACCGUCAACACAGCCUCCAGGAUGGAGAGCAACGGAGUGGGCAUGCAGAUCCACAUCAGUCAGACCACCAAAGACCACCUGGAACAUGAGCCCUACAUUAUUGAGGAGAGAGGCAAAAUAUUUGUUAAGGGUAAAGGCUACAUGAAAACCUACUGGCUGAAAGGAAAGAAGGAUCUGUCGUUCAAGACCCCGGCAGAACUGAGAUACAGCAGCGAGCAGAAGGACUCUGAGGACAAGAGCUCCAACGGUUCCACCAGCACCAACGCCAAGCGCAUGGCGUCCAACCUGCACAUCACUGGUGGGGAGGAGCCGGCCGAGGGGAAGCCCAGCCCCAGCGACCUGCCCCUGGACACGCUGCCCCCCCCAGAGGCCGCCAACGAGCCCCCCGCCGUUUCCGCCGAACCUCAGGACAAGGAGAAAGCCAAAAAGACUAAAAACAACAGAGGCUCCAAAGUGGAGGCCCAGGCCCAGGGGAACGCCACGGCAGAGUUAGCGCUCCCCCCCGACGGUCUGGAGAAUCCCGGUCCGAUACUGAACAACAAGAGGAACAGCUUCAGGCAGCAGUACGCCAAGAUACCCGCCAACCUGCCCAUGAGGAGCGCCUCCUGCACCAUCCUCUGA